AUGAUAUUUGAAUUGUGUCCCAUCAAAGUAAGUGGAACCAUAAUAAGUAGAAUUAAUAUAAAAAGAAACUCCUGACCCUAAUGGAGUAGGAUUACAAAAAAUUAAUUAAAUUUGUACUCCAAUAGUGUAAUUUCCCGAGUUGAUAUUUGCAGCCAUAUAAGCCCCUUCCCUAAAUCGAAAUACUCCAAAAUUGAAAGGAGAUAGUUUUUUAUUAGAAACAUCAUAAUGUUAAGGAUCAUAUAAUACAUUCCAAUUUAACAAAGUAUUCAAAUUUAAAGUUGCUAAAUUAGACUAAAAAAAUAAUGUAUGCUAAAAACCAACACAUAUUCUAUUUUAAGAUUUGACUAUUGAGCCUUGUAUUGGACAAUGAUCAACACAAACUCCAUUGGAAAGUAUA